CCAGCUUCUUCGGAGAGCAAAAACAACAUAACGAUCUGUCUGCCUGCCUGUCUCUGUCUGACCCACAAAAUGACCUGUCUGCCCACCUUGUGUCUGUCUUUAUAAUCAUUUGUGUUUGUGUACACGUGACUCUGACUCUACCUAGACCUGUUUGUAUUCCUGUCUACUUGUGUGUCUUCCUGCCUCUCUCUAACUGCCUGCUCAUUUGUGUUUUGUCACAAUGUCUGUAGGUUUAUUUGUACAUUGCUGUUCUAACCUCUGCUGGGCAGACAGUGAAAUAUUUUACUUUGAAGCCAGUUUCCCACAUUAAAAAAUAUGCAGUGAAUGCCAGAAGGUUCUGGCAGACAGACGACAGAAGGAAGUAACUUUCUACAGUAAUGUGUUUGUUUGUCUGUGACUAUGUUCUCACCACCCUUGCCUAAACUUGGUAUUACUGUACUAGCAUUAGGUUCAUCGUAGAGACAAACCUCAUUCAUUCUCUCAUAUAAAUGACAAUGACAAUAUUAGCUGUCCAUUUUCCAUUCCUACCAUGCAUUCCUCUGAUUAAUAAAUAAACUCAGCUGACCAGUUCUUUUUAUGUUUUUGUUAUAUAACGCUGAUAUAAAAGUUGGCACAGUGUGACUGCUUAUUUUUAUAUUUAUAUGAAAACAGAGCAUAAUUAUCAGGAUUAUGAGCCUGCAGCUGGGUGGUGGUGGAUGGUGGGUGUUAAUUAUAAUCAGAUGGAUGUCAGCCAAUGUGACAGUUGCAAGGUAAAGUAUCAUAUUCUUUAAAUAGUGAGUAGCUUAGCGUGUCAACAGAAAAUCUAUUCCAUUUUUUGAUGAUUAUACAUGUUUUUAAGCAAAAAUAAAAAAACAUGAAUUGCCACUUGAUAUUAAGCAUUCAUUGUAUUCCAUCACCACAGUAACAACAGCAAUGUCAGUAAAGAGCAGUUAGUUAACUAUUUAACCAAUAAUAUGAUUAGACAUGAGAGAAUAUCAGCAGUAUUAAGCUCUUUAUCAUUAAUUAUUGUAAUUAUCAGCUUGUUUCUUUCCCUUAAAAUCAGAUAUGCUCUACACAAGUUUAGGACCAUUGUGUUGUUGCCAGGUGCGUGUCAGCUACUGGAUGCCUGGCCUUCAGAGGUUGACAAGCGAUGAGGGGGCAUUCGUUAGGCAGAUACCAGGACUUAGUCAUGCUCAGGUUGGCAACUGGGUGACAGUACAUUAUGCUUCCUUCUACCUCUUUCUCAAACCUCCAUUUUCUUGUUGCUGUUUUUGUCCUUGCUAUAGUGUGUUUCUUUCUCUCCUCCAUCUCUUCCUCCUACAGUCUCAUCUUUGAUGAGCUCUGUGUUUCCUUUGACUCCCUUCCUCAUCCCUUCCUCAAUUUCCUCUCCUUCCUCCUCCAACCCUUUUUGUCGUACUGUCAUCUAUUUUUAGCUCCUCGUGUGGUGGGCAGAGGAGGUGCGUGAAUGCAUGGGAGUGUGUCUGGAUUGCGGUGGAGAAAGGUGCAGGCUGUGUGUGUGUGUGUGUGGCUAUGUGGGUAUGUUUGGGUCUCCAUCACGCUACACCAAAUUGCCCUGCACGAGACAAACUCUGCAGUCUUCAGAAAGUCAUUAGGAUGAAAAUGUAGAGCAUGCAGCGCUACACACUGAUGUUUCUAAUUUUAGGACAGGAUUCUGAGUAAUUAAAUGUAAUCAUCACAUCAUAUAAUCUAAAAAUAACUCUAGCACAGGUUCAGGCGCUUUGCAGAAGGGCUGAAGGGGACUUGCUGGGGCUAACCUAUUUAAGAAAUAGUAUAAAAAGUGUUCAGUUGAGUCCUAACCAGUUCUUUAGAGCUUAGCAGUAGAAAAAAACUGGCUCUUAAUGUUGCCAUGAGGAAGAUUAAAAAAUGUUUUGCGAGGUCAUGCUACCUGGGUAUAGCUGACUGUGACAAAGCAACUCUCAUGCUAAGUGGAAGCGCAGCAUCUGCUGAUGCAUGCAAAAUCAGGAGCAGGUGCAUAUCUGUUAAAGGCUCUCAGGUAGGGCUGGACAAUUAAUUGAAAAGGUCACUUUGACCUACACUGUACAUUUGCUGCCAGACUAACAACUGAUUACUCACGUGCUUUCAGCGUCACUUUCUGCCACUCGCUCUCACAUUCACUCAUCCACUUGCUCAUCCACUCACUUGCUAUGCACACAUAUUACACUUCAGUUAAAAGACCUAACUCUGCUGCUCUUACAACAGCACCUGUCUCGUAGAUGUCCUUUGAUGAAUGACGAAAGGAAGUUAGCAAAGCUCACAAAGUGGGCAGGUGAAAAUCAUUUGUUCCGCAUUGAUAUUAAAUAAUUGAGUUAAAGUUUAGUAGGAGCAGUCAUAAUUCAGCAGCGGCGAUUUGCAGAAAUAUAUGAGAACCAUGUCUCUUUAAUAUGCACGACAACAUUAACUUAUUAAUUAACAUUUAGAUUGAUGGAUUUGUGAAAUCUGUGAAUAAAUAAACCCAGCAUUACUGUAGCAUAUUUACAGUACAAACCUUGUCAGUGAAAUAUGAGGGCAAAAAUACCAACAACAAAAUAAUCGUUCAAUAAUUGUAAUUAGGUGAAAUGUAAAAUGAAUCGUGAUUUUGAUUUUAGGUGAAAGCUUGACUCUCUAGCCAAAUGGACAGAAGGACAUGUACACACAUACACAAAUACAUGGACAAAGAUAGUGUUCCAAUGCAAACAUUGUACAACAUGAAAAGUAUAAAUGCAGUCUGAAAACGUUUGGAUCUAGCUUGUACUGUGCUUACAGAUAGUACAUUGGACAAGAAUAUUUUUAUGAGAAAUGAAAUAGUUGCCACUUAGUACUGUAGAGUUAUAGAGAGACAGACAUAUGCACACACAUUUGGAAAGAAAACAACAACAAUAAAAAACACUUUUAUAUCGGAAAAUACCCUAGGGGAAUGGGGACAAUUUGUGUAAUUAUACAUUACAUAAGUUAUACAAGGUUUACACAGCACUAAAAAGUGUUUGUGAGCAUUUCUUAUUGUGCUGUUAUUUAAAUAAUGUAUUCAUGUUGGUGGAAUUGUUGUUAGUAUUAUAUAUAAUGGUAUUAUUAUUGUUAACGUUGUCCCCGUGACUUUCCUGCUGUGACUGGAAAAGUCCGGGAGGGGUUUCCGUAAUGUUUUUGAUCUUGACGUUUCCACAUGAUGUCAUGUGAUUGAUGCCGUCCUCCACAAGUUUUAGCACAAAUGCCUCAGGUAUCCAGUUAUUUGGGGUGGCGAUGGUGCAAUGGAUAAGACUAUGCCUUUGGUGUGAGCGACCCAGGUUCAUAUGAAUAUGACAGGUGCAGAGUAGUCUCAAUUCUUACACAUUGUACAUUUUAGUCGCCAAAUGUUAAUUUUAGCAUCAUUACAUUUUUAUGUUAUCUGAACUCGGCCGAACUUUCACCAUGAAUUGCGCCUAGAAGGCAGACCCAGUUGCUAAUUACAUAAUUACUUGCUGUGUUAGUGAAUCGGUUGCUAAUUACACACAGCUGUGAGCCCAAAUGAAAUUAUUUGUGCUGUGCUUUGAUGUGUUGAAAUCUUUCUCUCAGUUUCUUUAACUUUUAUGUUGCUGCAGUUUGGUAUUAGUAGAUUACAAAUGUGAAAAUAACUAACUUAGUAAAAAUCUAUAUUUUAUUCAGUGUACGGUAGAGUGCCAGUAUGAAAACAACCCAGAGAGCCAGUGAAAAUGUGGUUAAGGCUUCCUUAAUAAACACACAAGUAGAGAACAUGUAAAACAUCUGUUAAUAACUGCGCAUUUAACACCGUCCAACAAAGUUCUGCCCUGUUUCUGUGCUUUUUAUUUAUAGGAACAGAUAAUUCCACACACAUAAAAGCUGAUUAAACCAUACCGCACAUACUGUAUGUUUAGUAGUUUCAACAUACUAGGAUGCACGCAGCUAUAGGGGGACCUUUUGUCCUGUACUGUAUGUCCUUGGUUUACAAUCAGAUAAGUAAUAGGAAUGUUUCCUGUAAACUGUACCCAGGCAAGCAGUUAUUAUUUCGCUAGAAACAAAUACAAUAACUUUCUGCACUGUAGAAAAGACAAUGUCCGCAUUCUUACAGCUCAAAAUGUCCUAUCCCUUGGGAAUGAGAUGAGAGGCUACUGAGAUGGUUACAGUCGUAAGUCAGUUUUACAGGAGCUGUCUUAGAACUGAUUGUUACUAAUUUUAACAGUGUGAUUGAGUAUGUUUAACAGUAUAUUUGAAUCCUGGGGUGACUAUGAGAAACACCAGCAAAAAAAAAGAAAAUGAGGAGGGAUGUGAGGGCGGGGAAGGAGGCAGCCUCGUGCCCUUGCGAUGGAUCAUUGGUUGGAGCCAGGGAAGGGGAGGGGCCUCAGAGCCACUGUUUCUGUAGAGAGAGAGGCAGAGAGAAAGAGGGAGAGAGACAGCAAAGGAGGAUACAUGAACAAGGGGGGUUCUCCCAGCAUCGGUAUGCCUGCCUACCUCAUUUCUACUCCAACACAGUUGCUGCUCCUCUGGAUUGAAAUAUCAGCUGAGGUGUGUUUGUAUUUGUGUGUUUUUGAAUAUCAUUCACCCCGCACACUGCCUUCAUCCUCUAAGCUCACGGCAGCCUGCUGUGAUCUUACUGCGAAGGACCAGACAGAAACUGAGCAAGAGGACAUGGAAGAGUGGUGAAACGGGCCGAAGGAGAGGCAAGAAACAAGGACAAAGAAGAAGAAACUGGAAAGAGAAGCAGGAGGACAGAACAAAAAGGACAAAUAAGCGCUUAAUGUCUCCUUCCCUCAUUACACAAUGAUGUCUUUUCACUGGAAGCCGUGUUGUGACUCUGUGGACUAAAGACAGAUAAGAGAGAGCUUCAGUCUGCUUUCUGCAGCUACAGCAGAUGUUGAAGGCAUCUCUGACUUUAUAGGGAGCGGAGGUAUUUCAAGCAUAGAUUGGGCUGGAAUUCCUUUAAACAAAGUCACACAUCUUUUUAUUUUUUCCUUUUUGUGCCUUCAGCGUGGAACUUUGCUUUACUGGGAAAAAAAGAAGAAGAAAAGGAAUACACAGGUUCCUUUUCGUGCGUAAUUCUGUUUUUACCCUGGUGGUUUUGUAUCUUUUCAUAAAACCACAACUGCCUACACUGAGGACAAACCCAGGGGGGGCUUGCUCACUGUUCUGUCUUUUCUAUCCCUCCUGUAUUUGAAAUGGCAGAUGGCAACAGUCUCAUCAUGGAAUCGCAGCAUGGGGAUUUUUGUUUGGACUGAAACCAUACAGCUGCUUUCAGAACUAGCCAGCUACCUGACAAAAUAGUGGGUUCUUUGGUUCAUCGUACCCUUGAAGGGCCCCUCAGACACGUAUUCCUGCCCAAGAUGAUGAAUUCCUCCCUGGAUCCACUGAACCAAAGCUCUGCUGACCCCACAAACUUAUCUACUCCCUUCUGCCUGCUUGAGAUAGGCUAUUCCCAAAUUUUCUCCACCUGCCUCCUUGAAGUCUCUAUCAUACUUCUCCUCACUGUUCUCAUUAUUUCUGGCAACCUGGUGGUGAUUUUUGUGUUUCACUGUGCCCCCCUGCUCAGCCAGCACACCACCAGUGCUUUCAUCCAGACUAUGGCGUAUGCUGAUCUGCUGGUGGGGGUCAGCUGCCUGUUCCCCUCCCUGUCCCUCCUCCAUCACCUCCAGGGCCUCGACCCUAAACUCACCUGCCAGGUGUUCGGUUACAUGGUAUCCGUUUUGAAAUCAGUUUCAAUGGCAUCGUUGGCAUGUGUGAGCGUAGACCGCUACAUUGCCAUCACACAACCUCUGACUUACGCGUCCCUAGUGACACCUUGCCGAGUGCGCUGCUGCAUCGUUCUAAUAUGGUUGUACUCUGCUCUGGUGUUUCUCCCAUCUUUUCUCGGGUGGGGGAAGCCUGGUUACCACGGCGAUGUGGUGGAGUGGUGCGCAGUUGAGUGGAGGACUCGUCCGGCUUUCACAACUUUUAUUGUUGCAAUGCUCUACGCCCCGGCUGCUCUCACUGUCUGCUUCACCUACGCCAACAUCUUCAAAAUCUGCCGACAGCACACCAGGGAGAUCAGCGAGCGGCAUGCACGUUACAGACCCCAACAGCUGCAGGGCCCGGGAUUGACAGUGGGAUCUGUGGUCAAGGACAACAGUGCAAUAGAGCAAGGGCAGUUGCCCCACAUGUCCCAACCACAAAAAUCCCAGCCCCAGCAUCAGCAGCCCACAUCAACAUACCCAGACAAGCGAUAUGCUAUGGUACUAUUCCGCAUUACAAGUGUAUUUUAUAUCCUAUGGUUGCCCUACAUUCUCUACUUUCUGUUGGAGAGCGGAGGGAUCUACCACCAUCCUGCAGCCUCAUUCCUAACCACGUGGCUGGCCAUCAGCAACAGCUUCUGUAACUGUCUCAUCUACAGCCUCUCCAAUUCUGCCUUCAGGAAAGGUCUCAAACGCCUCUGCUCCUUCUGUUUACAGCGCAGUGGCGGUGGCUUUGGGGUUAGGAACACCAAAAAGGCUUUUGUUGGUUCUGUUGAAAAAGGAUGUGCAGGGUAUGGAUAUGGUCACGGGCAAAUUGGAAUUGGCACAACAUGUCAUGUGUAGGGCACUCGUAGAGGAAACCCUUGUCCCACAUUGGCGUUGGAACUUUUUAAAAGAUGCCUCAUAUGAUUGCUGUAAGAGGUCUCCUCUUUUAAGCUAAAAUGUGCUGUAAAGAGAUGGAAGGAGGCGUUGAUCUGCCGCAGCCGCUGCUUCUGUUGCAUUUGGAGGUUACACAAGCGCCCUCUCUGCACACGCCACAGCCGGCAAAGAGAGAGAAAGGCCUAAAUAACCCUGCAAGGUGUUCUAAAACAGUCAAAGAAACCCAGCUCAUUGUGUGUGGACUGGGGUGAUAAAUGGAAGGGGUUGAAAAAGGAGAAGAAAAAGGCGUCUGAUAAUCUCUGGACGUGAACUCUUUUGAGGUUGAACAUUUUUAUCUAUUAGUUUUCUUUUAUAAGAAGCCAUUCCUUAAGUUAUUUUGCCAAAACAAUAAAACUUUGUUCUGAAAAACUGUAUGCGCAGUAUGUGAAACAAUGUGACCUCUGUUGCCCGAUUAUUAUCACAGUAUGAGUUAAAUGCACAGCUGACUGCUGUGUUUUAGUAAUGUCGUGCUGUGGUAAACUGCCAAUAGCAAGCUCUUCUGAAUAUGUUUUUACGCGCUCUACCCCCCCCUCGGUAUUUGAAUACUGAAAGUGAUGCAACAGUGUGUUUGUGUGUCGUGUAUUUGUUGUGUCUCUUGAUAUUGACUGAUUGUCAGUCAGAAAGAAAUUAUGUAGGUGCAGUACACAUGUCAUUUUAUAGUUUGUUUGCAUUGACUGAACAAAUUAUGGCUUGUCAGCGUCCAGAUCUAUUCAUAAACUUUAAAAUUUUUAAUUAUUUAUUGAUGUUGUACAAGACAAAAUGUUAUGUAUUUAACUAAGUCGUGGGUUCACACAUUGAUAUAUGGUAUGAGAUGUUACCCAGCUUUGGUGUACGACUGUUAACCUGACAAAAAGCAAACGUAAUUGUGAUUUUUUUGUUUGUUUUUUUACAACAACAUUACAUUGUACGUUUUGUUGUUUUGAUUAUACAACUAAACCAUUUUCAUAACUGUGUCCAAUAUAAAGCAAGACCAAGAAAGGAUGUAUUUUUACACAUUAUUGGGCGGAUUUAUUUUAAGGCUUUUGGUCGUAACGGUAAAAAUGUUAAGCAGUUAGAUGAAUGACCCUUUAACUGUGAUCCUUACCCCUUGUCUUUGGAAUUUGCUGAGAGGAAUAGUCUUAAUGAGAAGUCAUGAAUGCGUGAUAGUGGAAAAUACACAUUUACACAUUCUUGCAAAUGAUAACCUUGUUACAAACCUAGCUGUAUGCUGUAUUCUGGCAGUAUUAUUGUGACUGCAUUUCGGGAGUAGGACUUGUGCACGCACACAAACACGAACACACACAAACGAACACACACAAACACACACACACAUCGACACAGGAGGAUCACAUGUAAACAGAACAGACAAAUAGCCCAUUCACUCUCCCAGCAGGCCAACCUCCAUUAAGAGGGACUGACCCCUGAACUCCCUGGGAAUUGCAGUUACAUAUGUGUGUGUAUAUAUGCGUCUGUGUGCAUGCAUGUGUUGUAGUCUGUUUCUGUCAUCUUGUCCCCAUGUGUAGUUGCGUGGGUUCUUUUCACUCUUAACUUGAUAUUUAAUACAAACUAAACAAGACCAAUAAUAAGCGGAAUUGAAUCGAAGUGUAAAUACUGCGUCAUAAACUCAGAAGUUGUGAAAAAUCAUCUAUUUUGAACCAUGGAGAAUUGUGUUAAUUCAUUUAGGUGCAGAUAAUCUAGCUUUAUAUCCUUUUAUCUAAUCUACCAAAGAGAACAGCAAAUAUAUUUUUUUCUAAAUAUUUAGUAAGAAGCGAGGGGGUUUUGCACAAAGUUUGUUUAGGUCCACUGCACUGUGUCGGCUCAGUGAUGCCUUAUGUGCAUUAAUGACUGGUUCUCAGUUUAUAGUGAUAUACUGUUGCCUUGAUAUACAAAUGAAAAUGAACUGUUGGGAAAGUAUUUUCCUCUUACGUUUAGGGAGGGCUCAAUUUAUAGACACACGACUGUUUUUAGAGGGAAAAGCACUUACUGGAAAUUGAAUGCAUGUGCAGAGAUGAAAAUGCACAUUAGCCAGCCUUGAUUCCACAUUCAUUACAAAAAUAACCUGAACCCCAUUUGUUGCAUAACGUAAUUAAAAGAUUUGACUAUUAAAUCAGCCACUCGUCAAAAAUGAAUGAUUUCCAAUUAUUGUUCCUGUCUUCUGUAAAGCUGAAAAUAGUGGAAAUAGGAGCGAAAACAUGGCUCAAAACUGUUUUUUUGUUGUUGUUGCAUGUAUUUGUUUGCGUGUGUGUAGGUGUGGAUGAGUGUGUGUGCAGGCAUGUUAGGAUGUGACCAUUGGCUGAAUUAGACUGUUGACGGUGUUCUAGCAAGGGUGCUAACAGAGCUAUCACCUUUGAUUGAUUUAUUAGCUGCACAUCACUCUCCUUGAGUAUACUGUAUUUUGUGAGUGUAUGUGAGUGGGUUGUACAAUAAUGGUAGACGGAUUCACAUGUUGUCUUUAAGUAUUUUAGCUGUCCUCUGUGAAACUUUGCCAAAUAUUGUAAUCUUUCCUGUUUUGUUCAGAAAUGGCGUAUUGAAUGUUGUCAAACUACAGAAAUUUAUUUUUGUGAAAUUACUUACUCUCUGUUUUUUCUCUCGUGAGGUGAUAAAAUGUUGCGGAUUCUAAGUAGGUUUAGUAGCAUGCUUACCUAUUGAAAUGAUUGAAACAGUGUCUUUAUGAAAAUGGAUUUUAAUUUAUUUUGCCAGCUCACCAGAAAAGUAUAUUAUUUCCCACAACAGUUAAUGGUACAGUUCCUCAGAAAUGUGUAAGAUUUAGGACUUUUAAGUGUCAUGGGAAAUAUGCCUAAACAUGCUCACAUUAGCGUUCACACACAUUCCCCUUUUUCCUGUGGGAAAACAAUUCUCAUGUUCUCAAGGGGAACGACACUCUGGUGGUGGCUGUAUGGAGGUACAGUGCCAUGUUGGAUAGGAUUAGAGAAAACAAGACUGAAUAUGGUCACUAGGGUUUGAUUUAGGAAACCAUUUGUAGAUUAAAUGCAGCCUUGUCAGUCACAUACUGUUUAUGUGGUUCAGUGUAAAUAAAAGUGUAUAAAUUGAACACAUGAAGUUUUUAAUUAUAAUUGGGGCAUUAUUUAAAAUAACCUAUAAAGUCCAAUUUGAUGCACAGAUUUGUAUCUUGAAUAUAUUAUUGUGUCAGUUCAGGAAAAAAAAAGUAGUAUAGUAGUAGUAUUUUACACCAAAAGAAUACUGGUUGACUAUUUUAUCUCAGAGUAGAGAUUGUACAGUACCCUGAACAAGCAGUCCACCCUCACUGUUAUAUUGCACUUUAACACACACACACACACACACACACACACACACACACACACACACACACACAAACCCCACACACAGUGGUAUUUUAUUAUCUGUCUUUUAGUCUGUUUUAGCUUUUGUUCUUUGUGUUUUCGUAAGGCUUGAAAUAGGCCAUACCAGACCCCCACUUAAUGGCUGACUCAUGACCCAGCUCUUCUUCUUAUUUACACAUUAAAAUGAGACUGACCACUGUAACAACUUGGUUAGGAAAUGUCCCAAAAGAUGCUCUGCAUCUGUUUUUGUCCACAAUGAAUGCUGAAAAUUGCUCACAGUGAACGAUGGUGCAUUUGUGAAUUGGAUAUUGAAAAAUGUAUGCCGUUACCAAAUUACAUCAUGUCAUAUUUCAUACGUCAGGGGUGUUGAAUUUGGUUUUUGUAAGAUGUCUGUUUUUAUAGAUGGAGAAUGUUGCAAUAAUGGAAAUGGUCAAACAUGUUUAAUUUUGCUGUCAUGAAAGUCAGUCUCUGAGACUAAUAAGAUCUUUUUUUAUUACAUAAUGCUUUGUAGGUGACAAGCCUAUAUGGUAUUGUAAGAUGUACAUGUUGUGUAUCUGUACUGAGCAAAUAAAUGUAAUGUGAUCUCAA